CUGAGACUACAUCCCGAGGCGUUCCCCGACAGACCAUGGCUUGAGUGCGCGCGACCUGACUGUGGAUAUAAGACUAAAAUGGAGGGCGACUUCAGCCGCCAUGUUGUCAAACACACGGAUAAGUACGCGUGCAGUGAGUGCGACAAGAGGUACGGCCGGGAGUCGGAGCUCCAGCACCACAUGCGCUCGCACGAUGAUACGCUGAAGUACCGGUGCCAGUGGCCCGGCUGUGAUAGGCUGUUCACGUCGCAGACAAAUUAUAAGUACCAUAUGAACGGUCAUACGGGAGAGACGGUGUACACGUGCGAGUGGGAGGGCUGUGGAAAGACAUCACUCAGUCUGAAGGCUAUUAAGAAUCAUAUGUCCAAAGAGCAUAAGUGUUAG